AUGCUAUACAGUACUUUUUUACAAGUUUUCUUGGUCAUUCUUCUGAUUCCAUCCAGAGUAUCUGCAUUUUAUUUUUAUACAAACGGUGGUGAACGUAAAUGUUUCCAUAAGGAAUUGCCUUUAGAUGCUCUUUUACAAGCCAAAUAUAAAGUUCAAGUAUAUGACGAAGAACUUCAAUCAUAUAGAGAUACUUCAAAUGAAGAUUUAGGUUUAGUUAUUGACGUUGAAGAAGUUUUCGAUAAUUAUCACAGAGUUUCCCAUCAAAAGAGUUCGCCAGCCGGUGAAUUUACUUUCAUUGCCUUAGACUCUGGUGAACACAGAAUCUGUUUCCAACCACAGGCUAAUGGUUGGUUAGCUAAAGUUAAAGCUAAGGUAGAUGUCACUUUCCAAAUUAGUUCUGAUAAAAAAUUAGAUUCUAAGAGAAGAGGUGAAAUUAAUGCUUUACACCAAAAAGUUAACUACUUAAUCGCUAAAGUUGGCGAUAUUAAGAGAGAACAUGCUAUGGUUAGAGAACGUGAAUCUACUUUCAGAGAUGCCUCAGAAGCAGUAAACUCUCGUGCCCAAUGGUGGAUUGUGAUUCAAAUUCUGGUCUUAAUCGGUAUUUGCGCUUGGCAAAUGAAACAUUUGAGAUCCUUUUUUGUUAAGCAAAAGGUCUUAUAG